CCGGAGGGAGUUCUACAUAAAUAAAUUAAAUGAUCAAUAAAUAAAUAACUAGGCAGAGAGAAAGCCAAAAGAACAUCCAUCAUGCUCAACCCCCUCCCUUCCCACCACACCCUCCUCCUAAUCGACAACCAGUCCGCCUUCCAAAGCACGCCAACCUCCGUCCACCGGUCCCGCGCCAACCCCCAACCAGGAGAAAAAAGCCUUACAGUCCUCCUCACCGCCUUCCGCACCACACGCGCAAAACAAGACUCGAACUCACAUAACCCCGCUACUAGCCAUUUACAGCAACAGCAUCGCCGUGCCAAACCAGUCGCAAUAGCAAGCACGCCUCAUGAUGACGAUGAACCCGUGCUGUGGAAACAUGUCAACUCCGCCUUCAUCGGCAUGGAGCUAGAAAGCCAUGCUGCGCGCGAGGAUUCGCAAAGCAGCUUGCUAUUGCCCGCGUGAUGUUGGAGAACUGCAAUGUAAUAACGAAUGAAUGGGCUGAAUACCCUAACAAUGGUAUAGCUAGCUAAAUGCAAAUCAAGAAAAGAAAGAUCAAGGUUACUUUGAACAUAUAUCCAUCCCAAACUACCUCAUUCCAAUAACACCAUGGUUUAAACGCAGCGCAGAAUUGGGGUAUACCAUUCAAGUUCCCCGGAACAGGAACUGCAUAUCCUCCGGCGUCAACUUCUCCAGCGCCUCGCUUUGGUCCUUAUUAAUCGUACCCCGAAUCAUAUUGGCUUUCUUUUCCUGGAGUAGGACCAUGCGCGAUUCCACUGAAUCCUCGAUGCAGAGCCGGGUUAUCACACACGGCCGCCGCUGGCCGAUCCGGUGACAUCGAUCUGCGCUCUGCCAUUCUGCAGCUGGGUUCCACCAUCUAGAGAAAAGGGAGAAUUUGUUAGCAAAGGCAGCGUACUAAUAUCGGGGUGCGACGGGAAAUACAUACGGGUCAACAAUGAAGACUCUCGAUGCUUCUGUAAGGUUCAACGCGACGCCUCCGGCUUUAAGAGAAACGAGGAACACCUCAACAUCGACAUUAUUCAUGAAAUGCUCGAUGGAUUUCUGGCGCUGGGCUGGCGUCAU